CGCCACGGCUUGACGUCGACGCCACAACGACACGACGCCAUGGCAGCGCGUCGCGACGGCCGCGGCAGCACGACGCGGCCGGCAGUACGACAACGCGGCCACGGCAGCACGACGCUGCCGCCAUGGCAGCGAGAGAGAAAGCGAGAGAGAGAGAGAGCGAGAGAGAGAGAGAGAGAGAGAGAGAAGAGAGAGAGAGAGAGAGAGAGAGAGAGAGAGAGAGAGAGAGAGAGAGAGAGAGAGAGAGAGGAGAGAGAGAGAGAGAGAGAGAGAGAGAGAGAGAGAGAGAGAGAAGAGAGAGAGAGAGAGAGAGAGGAGAGAGAGAGUAGAAGAGCGCGACGGAAGCGUGAGGAGCAGGCCCACAAGGAACGAACAGCUCUGAUUCCAUGUUAGAAGACUAACUUAGCUAGGAAGGUUGGCGG